UGCGUCAGAGCGAAAGCAGAUUAGAGGUUAUCUCCCAAGAGUCCUAGGCUCCUACAGCGGUACAGCUAGAUCCGUCCGCCGAAAAAUAAACAUUAUUUCAAGAUACGACAGAAUAUAUCCGUGACAAUUUGCGUGACGUUUGCUGACAUUCGAGAUCAUGUAUUCUAUAUGCAAAAGUACCCAUCCCGCAACGGGAGUCGAGCACGCGAUCACAUGCCACUUUUUUAACCGCACCGAGAAAUGCCUCGUUGUUGCCGGCGCGAAUAUUAUACGGGUGUUCCGUUUGAUUCCCGACGUCGACAUGACAAGGAGGGAGAAAUACACAGAAACACGUCCCCCUAAAAUGAAGCUGGAAUGCCUGGCGCAGUACACCUUGCACGGGAACAUCAUGUCCAUGCAGUCUGUUCAUCUUAUCGGCUCACAAAGGGACUCUCUGCUGCUCAGCUUCCGCGACGCGAAACUGUCCGUCGUCGAAUACGAUCAGGACAUUCACGACCUGAGAACUGUGUCGUUGCAUUACUUUGAAGAGGAAGAGAUAAAGGAUGGAUGGACAAAUCAUCAUCAUAUACCGAUAGUAAGAGUGGAUCCUGAGGGAAGAUGCGCGGUAAUGCUGAUAUUUGGUAGAAAACUGGUUGUGUUACCCUUUCGUAAGGAUCCCAGCCUCGACGAUGGUGACUUACUUGACACUACGAAAUUAACAUCUUCCAAUAAGACUCCGAUAUUAUCCUCAUAUAUGAUAGUAUUGAAAACACUGGAGGAGAAGAUGGAUAAUGUAAUAGACUUACAGUUUCUGCAUGGAUAUUACGAACCUACGUUAUUAAUUUUGUACGAACCAGUGAGAACAUUUUCAGGGCGUAUUGCGGUAAGACAGGAUACUUGUGCAAUGGUCGCCAUAUCUUUAAAUAUUCAGCAAAGGGUUCAUCCUAUCAUUUGGUCUGUCUCAAAUUUGCCAUUCGACUGCUACCAAGCUGUACCUGUGAAGAAGCCACUGGGUGGCACCCUGAUAAUGGCAGUCAACUCGCUUAUUUAUUUGAAUCAAAGCAUACCACCUUAUGGAGUGUCACUUAACAGUUUAGCAGAUACAAGUACAAAUUUUCCAUUAAAGCCGCAGGAAGGAGUGAAGAUGAGUUUAGAAGGAGCCCAGGUGGCAUUUAUAUCUGCAGAUCGUUUAGUUAUUUCUUUGAAAAGUGGAGAGCUCUACGUUUUGUCCCUCUUUGCCGACAGUAUGCGAUCUGUGCGUGGAUUUCACUUUGACAAGGCUGCUGCUAGUGUGUUAACAUCAUGUGUAUGCAUGUGUGAGGAUAAUUAUCUUUUCCUCGGCUCUCGACUUGGUAAUUCGUUACUCUUACGAUUUACGGAGAAGGAGCCGGAAACUUUGAAAAAUCUGAACGAUAGUGAGAUUACCAUUGAAGAAAAUGAAAGCGAAGAGACUCCGGCCAAGAAAGCGAAGCAAGACUUUCUUGGUGAUUGGAUGGCAUCGGAUGUAUUGGAUAUCAAAGAUCCAGAAGAACUAGAAGUGUAUGGCAGUGAAACUCAUACAUCCAUUCAGAUCACUUCGUAUAUUUUUGAGGUAUGUGAUAGUUUAUUGAACAUAGGUCCGUGUGGAAAUAUUUCCAUGGGGGAACCAGCCUUUCUGUCGGAAGAAUUUCUACAGAAUCAAGAUCCCGAUGUAGAACUUGUUACAACGUCCGGAUAUGGAAAGAAUGGUGCACUCUGCGUACUGCAACGUUCUAUACGUCCGCAGGUUGUGACAACAUUUGAGUUGCCUGGCUGUGAAGAUAUGUGGACUGUCAUUGGCAUAUUAAACAACGAUGAAAUCAGAACGGAAGCAGAAGGAUCUCAUGCUUUCUUAAUAUUAAGCCAAGAAGAUUCGACUAUGGUUUUGCAAACCGGUCAAGAGAUUAAUGAGGUAGACCAGAGUGGAUUUAGUACACAGGGGAGUACAGUAUUUGCUGGUAAUCUUGGUGCUAACCGAUACAUUGUACAAGUUACUCAAAUGGGAGUGCGUCUUUUGCAAGGCAUUGAACAGCGGUCACCCAUCCAAGCUAUAAACCUUGUGGAACGUGCUUAA